UAACCGUUCGACUAUUAAAAUCGAAUGCAAUUGGUUUUCUUUUCAUUUUCAUGGGUGGGCUGCUAUCCAGAGUCGUCCAAACACCCUUAUCGCUGGCAAAAACAAUCCCAUUGCUCACAGAGACGGCCAUUCUAUGGAUUCUUUGCAACUAUGUCUUUGAUAUCGCCAACCAAACUUCGUCUCCAGAUGAAGACUAUAUAAACAAGCCACAUCGUCCUAUUCCCGCUGGUCUCAUCACCAUCAAACAAGCUAAGACACGCUGGGUGUUGGCGUGGACGUUGGGGCCUGUCGCUCUCUAUCGUCUCUUUGGCGUCUGGCCCAUGCUGCAUCUUUUGCACUGGGAGGUUUUGAUUACAGUAUGUUAUGUAUGGCCCAAGUGGUUUAGUUGGUUUAUGCGCAACUACUUCGCCUCCUUUUCAUACUGCAUCCUCGGGCGGCUCUUAAACUCGGUUCUGGCAAGAAAUGUGGAAGCUUGGAACAUCAGCUUUGCUAUCGACUGUAGCAUUUUUGUCUGGUUCAUGGCAACCAUUCACAUUCAAGAAUUUCACGAUCUUGAGGGUGACCGAAAAAGCAAAAGGAAAACUCUUCCUAUGUUGCUUUCUGACCGAGGCAUAAAUGCUCUUCGAACAGGAACCUCCCUUUUCGUUCUCACCUUUGGGACAUGCCUGUGCUAUAUUGGAUAUAAAGUAAUGGAUAAAGAUAUAAAGAUUGCACCCAUGUGUGUUCUGCAGCUGUUCUUAUCCUGUAUCCUCGCCUACAGAAUUUCCACAUCUGAUGGGCCUGCAAUGGACAAAAAGACAUAUCACGUCUAUUAUUACAGUGUAGUACUGGCAAUCCUCUUAUGUUUGUGUUUAAUACAGAAACAGCUAGCCUAAUGAGCCGCUAUUACUACGUUGCGUGUCAACACCCGAGCGAUGUGACUCUGAGUCACGAUGCUGAGGGUAAACAAAUUAUUGAUACUCUGUGUAAUCUGUUCUUCGGGGUUGUAGUAUAGCAAACUGCGUCUAUUGAAUGAUGGCCGGGCUUGAUAGUCUAGAACUCAAUGAACCAAUUAGAUCAUACUGGCACUAUGAUACCUUGCUACACGGAUAUAUGAUAGACUCCAAUUAGAAGAAAUAAUAAAGACCUGCCUACUUGGUGCGAUCUAAGUUAUGAAUGCGAUUGAUAAAGGUAGAAAUAGGCAUCCGCUGCCUUAUGUUCACAGAUAGGGGAAAUAAAGUACCACAUGUUAAUGGAAGGAUAUAG